AUGUCCUCAGCACCAGACGCAACAGAUGAAAAUGUCGAAAUUUGGAAGAUGAAGAAGUUGAUCAAAAACCUUCAGAUGGCCAGAGGUAAUGGUACCUCGAUGAUUUCACUUGUUAUUCCUCCCAAGGAUCAAAUUUCUCGUGUAGUCAAGAUGUUGGCUGAUGAAUACGGUACUGCCUCUAAUAUCAAAUCUCGUGUAAACAGGCUCUCUGUGUUGUCUGCUAUUACUUCUACACAACAACGUUUAAAGCUCUAUAACAGAGUUCCUGACAACGGAUUAGUCAUUUACUGUGGCACAAUCAUCACAGAUGAAGGCAAGGAAAAGAAAGUGAAUAUCGACUUCGAGCCACAUAAACCUAUCAAUACUUCACUCUAUUUGUGUGAUAACAAAUUCCACGUCGAGCCUCUUGCUGAACUCUUGGAUAACGAUGCCAAAUUUGGCUUCAUCGUCAUGGAUGGUAACGGUACCUUGUUUGGUACUGUGUGUGGUAACGUACGUGAUGUGAUCCACAAACUUACUGUCGAUUUGCCCAAGAAGCACGGUCGUGGUGGUCAAUCCGCCCUUCGUUUCUCUCGUCUUCGUGAAGAAAAGCGACACAACUAUGUGCGAAAGAUUGCUGAAUUGGCCGUCCAGUUAUUCAUCACCAACGACAAGGUCAACGUUGUCGGUUUAGUCUUGGCAGGUUCUGCUGAUUUCAAGAACGAAUUGUCGCAAUCCGAUCUCUUCGAUCCUCGUCUUCGUGCCAAGGUUGUCAAGAUUGUAGAUGUUUCUUAUGGUGGCGAAAACGGUUUUAACCAAGCCAUUGAACUAUCUGCUGAAGCCCUUUCUAAUGUCAAGUUUAUUCAAGAAAAGAGAUUGAUUGGUGAUUACUUUAGCGAAAUUUCUCAAGAUACAGGUAAAUACUGCUUUGGUGUGGAUGAUACCUUGAAAGCCCUCGAGAUGGGUGCAGUAGAGACAUUGAUUGUUUGGGAAAACUUGGCUACAAACCGUUAUACUCUUCGUGAUGCCUCGGGCGCAGAGGUUAUUGCUUACCCUAACCCUGAAGAAGAAAAGAGCAAAUCUUUCUUGGCUGAUAAGAGUCCUGAAGCUACAACCAAUGCAGAAAUGGAAGUCAUUGAAUGUAUGCCUCUUUUAGAAUGGUUCACACAGAAAUACAAGGAAUUUGGUGCCAACUUGGAAAUCAUCACAGACCGAUCUCAAGAAGGUGCACAGUUCGUUAGGGGUUUUGGUGGUAUCGGUGGUAUUCUUCGAUACCGUGUCAACUUUGAACAACUCAAUUAUGAAUCAGAUGAAUUUAUCUCUGAUGAUGAUGAAGAAUAUAUCUAG